GGCCCAUUCCCAAGAGUGGGCGUGGCCUCAUUCGUAGCAGCCAAUGAUUGGAGAGUUGGGGAGGUGACAGCCCAAUGAGGGGAGGAGGCGGGACAGCAUCUCCAAGAGUGAACCCAGGAGGCUUUUUGGGGAUACAGCAGGAGAAACUUCAGAAGAAGAAAGGUCAGAAAAAGUCAAGAGUUGCGUCAUAUCUCAGAUUCACUGCAUCAUGGCCACCCGAUUGAGACAGGCCAACAAAAAAUGCACUGUGAUCGGUGGCUCAGGAUUCCUGGGUCAGCACAUGGUAGAGCGUCUCGUGGAGAAAGGUUAUGCCAUCAAUGUAUUUGAUAUCCGCAAGGGCUUUGAUCAUGACAAGGUCCAGUUUUUCCUGGGGGAUCUCUGUCGCAAAGAGGAUCUGCUUCCAGCUUUGCAAGGGGUGACGCUUGUCUUUCACUGUGCCUCGCCAACACCUUCCAGCAACAACCGAGAACUAUUCUACAGAGUCAAUUAUCUGGGGACAAAAGCGGUCAUUGAAGCCUGUAAAGAAGCCGGUGUCCAGAAACUCGUGUUGACCAGCAGUGCCAGUGUUGUCUUUGAAGGCACAGACAUCAAGGAUGGUACUGAAGACCUCCCCUAUGCAAAAAAGCCCAUUGACUACUAUACAGAGACGAAGAUUCUUCAAGAGAAGGAAGUGCUGCAGGCCAAUGAUCCAGAGAGAAACUUCCUCACUGUUGCCAUUCGUCCUCAUGGCAUAUUUGGGCCACGCGACCCCCAGUUGGUGCCGAUCCUUGUCCAGGCAGCCAAGAGCGGCAAGAUGAAAUUCAUCAUUGGUGAUGGGAAGAACUUGGUGGAUUUCACCUUUGUGGAAAACGUGGUCCAUGGGCACAUCUUGGCUGCAGAGCAGCUCCAAAUAAAUUCACCUUUAUGUGGGAAGGCGUUUCACAUUACAAACGACGAGCCCAUCCCCUUCUGGGAGUUCAUGUCUCGUGUUCUGACCGGCCUGGGCUACGAGGCUCCUAAAUACCACAUUCCCUAUUGGCUGGCCUAUUACCUGGCCUUGCUCCUGUCCCUGGUUGUGUGGCUGCUGAGCCCCUUCGUCGCAAUCCGUCCCACCUUCAGCCCCAUGCGAGUGGCUCUUGCGGGGACCUACCACUACUACAGCUGCGGGCAAGCCAAAAAACACAUGGGCUACAAGCCACUGGUCAGUCUGGAUGAAGCCGUGGACAAGACAGUGAAGAGUUACCCACACCUCCAAUGGUCUGCAUAGAUAUUGAAGACCCAGGAAAACAUCCAGAGCAGGCAUGGGCAAACUUUGCCCCUCCAGGUGUUUUGGACUUCCACAAUUCCUAAGAACCAGAUAGGAAUUGGUCUCUGGUCACCAGGGUCAGCCUGGAACUAUGGCAACCACUGCAGGUUGAUAUAUGAAAUCCUGGAUGAACAGAGUCUUAAUGCUGUUCCAAUACUCGAAUAAGAUCAGUUCCAUUCCAGUCUUGAUUUACCAGCAUUCUCAUGUCAAGGACUUGAUUUGUGUUCGUUUCUAUGAAUGUUUCCUACAGGCCCCAAGUCUAAAUGUGAGAUGGGAGCAGCAUUGUAUCUGCCUCUACAAGGAUAAUAAUGACCUCUCGGGUGGGACCAGGGAAAGCCAUUCUGAGCGGAUGUUCUGUGACUAUUGACAAGCAUGUCUUCAUUGUACCCCCACUGCCUUUCCAAUGAAACAAUAAUAACAAUAUACAUUCCUUUUUUAUUAUUGCACUGAGCAAUUACAUUUUAGCCGAGUCUUUUUCCUUAGGCGAGAGUGCCCUCUUGUGUCCAUCAAUGUCUCCUGCAAUUUGCUAAUUAUUACUAGACAUGAAAAAACCCAAGUUUUUCCCUUCUGCGUUUUAAAGUUUUUUAAAAUCUCAGAUUCCAAAUUACUUCCAUGAAAUAAACUUACAAAUAUUGGUGAAUUCCUGUUGAAACAAAAUUAAAUUCUUAGCAACUUGUGUUA